AUGGAUUCAGGUGAGCCUGAAGCUGAAGUUUGGGAUCUCCUGGCUGGAUCUGCUGUGGAAGCUGAGGUCAAGGCGCCUGCGAGGAUAGCAGCUACUCCUGCUCCUGCAGCUGCACCUGUUCCUUCUGUGGCACCUGUCGAUGUGCCACGAGAAAGCAGCAAGCCUCGACCUGAACAGACUGCUCCACGCUUUCGAUCUCGAGCCAGCGCGAGUCGGCUCGUUCCGGAGGAGAUCUCCCAAAAUCAGGAGCUGAAUGCUGCCAUCGCCGCGUGUCUUCCCAGGACGCACGACUUUGAGGUUCAUCGUUGCAUUUGGAAGCUGCGCCGGGCUGCUGCACGACAUGUUGGCUUGCAGCUGCCUGAAGGUUUGCAAGGAUGGGCCACUGCUUUGGCAGACCUUUUCAGUACCUUUGUACCAAGUGUGGAGAGCACGACGAUCUUUGGAGAAGCCAACUUCGGCGCCUGUUGCAUUGACGAUCUGGGUGCAACAGCUCUUGGGGUGGACUUUUUGAUCCACUAUGGUCAUUCUUGCUUGGUGCCAACAGACCAGACGACAGUCACCACACUCUAUGUCCAUGUAGAGGUUGAAGUGGACGUGGCACAUUUGGUGGACACUGUUCGACAUAACUUUAUGCCUGACAAGCGUCUAGCCUUCAUGAGCAGCGUGCAGUUCUCUUCUGGCAUGCUUCAGGCAGUCGAGGAACUGCGACAAGAGGCAGAUGAUAAAGCACGAGCUGCAGUGCCACAGGUGAAGCCCCUGGGUGUGGGCGAAACCUUGGGCUGUACCUCCCCAAAGGUGGGUGAUGUGGAUGCAGUGAUUUUCGUGUGUGAUGGACGCUUUCACUUGGAAAGCGCUAUGAUACAAAAUCCGCACGUGCGGGGUAGCUUUUUCCGCUAUGACCCAGCCUGCUUCACCUUGACGCGCGAAGGCUUCGCUCAUGAUGAGCUGCAUGCAGAACGACGGGCAGCCAUUGCAAAAGCAAAAGAUGCCCGGUUGGUGCGGUACUCAGCAUCCUGCUGA